UGCACAUACAGCUGAGUGUGUUUACUUUUGAGUUAAAUGAUAAAAAAUAGUGUUGAUAGUCAAUUAAUUUGUAUUAUAAAUUUUUGUUAAUAAUAUAAAAUUUUUUAUUAUUAAAAACGAAGAAUUGAUUCAAGUAAUUAGGAUUUUACAUAUAUAAUAAAUAAAUAAAUAUUACAUAUUAUUGAUAAUAGUCAUAACUCUAUGUGGGAAAAUCUAUAAAUUCCAACCAUAUGUUUGUAGUAGGGACUCAAUGACAAGGAUGUCAACCACAGCUUGAAUCUUUGAUUAUGGCAGAAUCCAAAAAUAAAUUCAACUUUUGGAGAGAUGUUCUUGGUGCUCCACGUUAUAUAGUCGCCCCAAUGGUUGAUGCCAGUGAGCUUGCAUGGAGAUUAUUAUCACGGCGACAUGGUGCUCAAUUAUGUUACACACCAAUGCUGCACUCAUCAGUGUUUUGUCGAGAUCCAAAAUACAGGAAGGAAGCUUUAGCAAGCACAGCUGAGGAUCGACCAUUAAUUGUACAAUUUUGUGGAAAUGAUCCGGAUGUUUUAUUAGAAGCAGCUUUACUCGCUGAACCUUUUUGUGAUGCAAUUGAUAUUAAUAUUGGUUGUCCUCAAGCUAUUGCUAAACGUGGGCAUUAUGGAGCUUUUCUUCAAGACGAUUGGGAUCUAUUAGAAAAGAUAGUUAGCAAACUUAGUCAGAAUUUGCGUAUUCCAGUGACAUGUAAACUUAGAGUAUUUUCUGAAAUUGAAAAGACUGUAAGGUAUGCAAAAAUGUUAGAGGCAGCUGGUGCUAGUCUAUUAACUGUUCAUGGACGUACGAGGGAACAAAAAGGUCCUUUGACAGGUCUAGCAUCUUGGAAACAUAUAAAAGCUGUAAGAGAAGCUGUACAAAUACCCAUUUUUGCUAAUGGUAACAUUCAAUGUCUUCAAGAUGCUGAACAAUGUAUAAAAGAAACUAAUGCUCAUGGAGUUAUGUCAGCGGAAGGAAGUUUAUACAAUCCUUACAUUUUUGAAGGCCGCAAUCCGCCGAGUUGGGAACCAGCUGAAGAAUAUCUUGACCUAGUUGAACUCUAUCCAGCUCCACCUUCGUACAUCCGUGGACAUCUCUUCAAAAUAUUCCAACAUACACUUUGUUUAGCAGAAAAUGCUGAAGAACGAGCUAACCUUGCGAGAAAUUCAACAAUGGAAUCAUUUAGAGAUGUAGUUGCAAAAUUAAGAAAUCGAUAUUUGCCUUAUCAUGAAGGUAAACUUAUUUGGAACCCAGAAAAUAGAAGUACGGAUUAUAAUUUAGAGCUUCCACCAUGGCUGUGUCAACCUUACGUUAGAGAAUCACCUCAAGAGCAUAUUGAUAAAUUAGCUGCAAAAAAAAUCGAACUAGAAAAUGCAACAAAACGAGAAUUUCUUGAUGAAGAAGGGAAUAAAAUAUCUCGAAAAAGAUUAAAAAAGUUGAGACGCAUAUCACGACGUCCUAAUCGAUCCAUUCCAUCAGUCAGAAGAACCUCAGACUUAUGUAACUCUUGUCCAAAUCCUCUGGGCUCCAAGUGUGAAUACAAGCUCUGCCGUCAGUGCUGUAGGAACAAGUGCUUUAAUGAGAACCUAGAUUGUACAGGUCAUAGAAACUUAACAAAAACACGUCGACAAAUGGCAAUUCAAUUUACCCUUAAAAGAAAUGAUGCAAAAAGUUUGACAUGACAAAGGACUUGCUACAAAAUAUUUUAAAUAAAUAUUAUGUACAUAUGUAUUAAAAUCUUCCAACAUUAUUUAACUUGUAUUUUAUAUACAAGACGCCUAUAAUUCGAAUUUAUAAUAAAUAAUUAUUAUUUUACA